UGAUAAGCCUCUUCAGUCUCUGUGGCUCAUCUUAUACCGGCUACCACCUACCACCUACCACCCAUACCACCCAAACAAACAAAAAUCCCUUUCACCCCCUUGCGCUGAAAGCCAUGCGGUGAACUCAUCCCUGCUGUUUUGUGUAUGCCUUUGUACCACCUUGUGUUGCUGCCGCGGCAUUUCUGAGGGGGUCUCCCCGACCUCGAUUGCGCCCUUGUUUACUACCUACCAACCUCCUGUUUGAUACUUACCUGUUCGCCCUUCCUUCCUCCCUUCCUUCCCUCUUCUCCACCCACGAUGAGGCAGCCGGAGAUGUCCCAUUCUGCUGCCCACCACCAAGGUGACAACCCACUCAUCACCGCUUACUUUCCCGACUCUAUACCUGCCGCUCCUCCCGCUGCACAUCUAACCUCGGACUCACCUCCAUUAUCGCCCACUCAGCGUCAUCCCCACGGAGUGGACAGCUCCCCUCCGUCGGAUCGGGACUCCGGUUACGAUACCCUUCACCCUCAGCCGUCAGACUCCCAUACGCAGCAGUAUCACCAUCCUUCCCGCCGGCGGAGUAUCCCCAGCCCGCACCAAGGGUCCGUGGACACUGGAUACCCUUCCAGUGCGGAGCCCAUUAUCGUGCCAGAGACCGUCGUCGCGGCGUCGCAUCUGGAGAACGGCUCCCUGGUAACCCGAGCUUCGAUGACGAGCGAGGCGGUGCGCAAAGAAGGGCGCGGUCGGGGCAGCUGGACUGACCAUUCCUCGUAUAUGUCGGGCGACAACCACAUGAAUGGCGCGGCUCGAGUGCAUAAACGAGCGAUCGUGGAGGACAUCACCCCUGAGGAGGAAGAGCCUGAUGCGCUCCUCAUGUUGUUCCGACUCUCCAUCCCUGUUCCUGUCUUCUCCUUUAUCGCAUCCCUGUAUACCGUCUUCGGUCUUCUCUUCGUCCUCCUCGUUUCCCCGCUCCGCCUCUGUUCCUGCAUUCGAUACCUGCGAAAUACGUCUUUCCGUGCCCAACUAUGCGACCUUCUAGUACCGCAGUUACACAUCCACGAGCGGUUGGUCUGCCUGCGACGGUCGUCGAGGCGAUCGGCAUCCACGCAACCGAUCUAUGAUCCGGAGGGGUCGUUUUUGGACGAGCCGAUAGAAUCAUACACGGUCGGCGGGCUGAUCUCGGUCCUGCUGCUGUCGCCCUUCUUUUCGAUCGCGAUUCUCCUGCCCGCCUGGAUCGCCGCAUUCUUUUGGAUCUUCUCCAUGGUGAUGGGCAACCCCGACGGCACGGAGCGUAAAGACGAUGGUCGCGCCGCGGUCCUCGGAGUCAGCAGAUGGUGGCACUUAUGGCUGGGGAAAGCCCGGAAGUCGCCGUCCUAGGGCACCGCGCGGUCACGCCACGUGUAGAAUGCCUGUUCUUUUUAUUUUUAUUUUCUGAUUCUGUUCUAUCAAGCGUCAUCUCGUCUGGGCUGUUUCUUUGAUGCAUGCAUGAUACCAACGUUUGGGAUAUGUGGAAUGAUUUUUCUUUUUGGUGAGUGGGCGCUAUCUGGAUUA